AUGACCUGAAAACACAUUUCUAUCCAAACACAGAAAACCACAUACUAAAACAAUUGGUUCAAUAACUCUUGAAUCUCAAUUCUCAGAUCGCAACAUCACACAUCAGCAAAAAUGGCCGACAACUCGAACCCCGGAAACUUUGCCAACCGCCCCCACGACGAGGUCGAGGACAUUGCCCGCAAGGGAGGCCAAUCGAGCCACCAAGGGGGUUUCGCCAGCAUGGACGAGGAUAAGCAGAGAGACAUCGCCUCGAAGGGUGGUCAAGCUUCGUCGGGCAGCUUCCGUCCUGGAGACCCUCGGGCCAGGGAGGCCGGCCACAAGGGUGGACUUGCCUCUGGUGGAAGCUUCGAGCCUGGAGAUGAGAGAGCUAGGGAGGCUGGCCACAAGGGUGGAAAAGCUACUGGACACCCAGAGGAGUAAAUAUCUACGCGCUCCUGCGAGAGUGAAACAUGUACAAUAGCAAACGAUUUCGUCAACGAAGUACUGAAUGAAUGUAUGAUAUGAUCG